UCCAGAGGUUGUGUGCAAUAAAUUUGGCCAUAGCAAGGAAUUGUGUCACCUGUACAGUGGUAACAACCAUGGCAAGCAAAGUCAAGAAUGUGCUAAUAGUCCUUGCUCAUGAGGAGAAGAAUUCUUUCAACAGUGCUUUGAAAAAUAUUGCAGUUGAAACACUACAAAAGAAAGGCUGGAAGAUUACCAUCUCUGAUCUAUAUGCCAUGAAGUUUAACCCAAUUGCAUCAAGGAAUGACAUCACAGGUUCUCCUAAGAAUCCAGAACAUUUCAGUUAUGCUGACGAAACCUGUUCGGCUUGGAAAGAUGGCUAUCUUAGUGAAGACAUCGUUAAGGAGCAAAACAAGCUGCUCGCUGCUGAUCUCGUUAUCUUUCAGUUCCCCAUAUUUUGGUUUGGCAUGCCAGCAAUAAUGAAAGGCUGGAUUGAUCGUGUGUUUACACGUGGAUUUGCAUACACAUUUCAGACUAUGUAUGACAAUGGACCUUUCCAGAAAAAGAGAGCUGUAAUUUCAGUUACAACUGGUGGAAUUCAAAGUAUGUAUUCUUCUAAAGGGCUCAAUGGAGACAUAAAUGUAAUACUCUGGCCAAUACAGCAUGGUAUGCUGCACUUUACUGGCUUCCAGGUCCUGUCACCUCAGAUAUCCUAUUGUCCAGGACACGCAUCGCCCCUCAUCCGCGGUCAGAUGCUUGAGGAGUGGAAGAGUCGGCUAGAGAUGAUAUGGGAAGAGAAACCAGUCCAGUUUGUUCCAGAUUCCAUGUUUGACAUGUCCUUUGAAGGUGGAUUUGUGCUGAAAAAAGAAGUGGAGGAUGCCAAUGCUGAAAGUCCCUACGGUCUUAGUGUCGGACAGCACAUGGGAAAAGCAAUCCCUUUAAGUGAGCAGCAAAAAAGCAAGAAAAAAACUGUAAACUAAUUACUUUUAUUUUACCUGAUUCUUGCAUAUUUACAAAAUGAAUAGAUUUGUAAAUACUUCCAAUGAUGUGAUACUUUUAACUGUUUCACUUUUACAAAUACAGCACUUGGGGAGAGAGGUUUAUGUUGACUUGCACAAUACUGUGGUAGAAUCUAGAUUUUUAUGUUCUAAAACUGGUAAUACUUUGCACAAAGAUGAGCAGCAUGUGAUUAUUAAAUUAAAUUUGAUUUUUGUUAAUUUGGUUGCAAGCAAGAUAACCCAGCAUAGUUAUAAGAAACCAACUUAGUACAGCUCUGUGAUCCUUCUAAAAAUAAAUUUUUAAUUAUGAAUAAGAAUAUCUAAAGUUUGUAAUUAAAUGCAUACAUAAUUAGGUCAAGUACCUCAAAGUGGUGAAUUGAGCUGACAGUUACUGCUUGAAAAUAUUUCUUUAAGAUGUAAACAUUUCAAAGGACAACCUGAAUGAGUUUUUAAAGAAACUCACUAGUUUUACUGAAAUCAUCACUUUAUAGGUGGUUUAAUAUUUUUCACUUGGCAAAAUACAUUCAACAUACAUGUAUUGUAUUCAGUAUAUUGAAAAAUUUAUUCAAAAUACAUUCAUUUGUAUUCAAAACACAACUUUGUCAGAAGCCGUGCUUCCUGCACCUUGCUAAUUAUGUGGAGUUUUGUCAGUUCCCAGAAAAUGAACUUUUGCCAUUCAGUAAACAGCAAAAACUGUUUAGAUAGUAAAAUAGUUAACAAAGCAUAUAUAAAUGUGUCUGUGUGUGUCUGUGUGUGUCUGUCGGUGUGUCUGUCUAUGUCGGUGUGUGUCUGUCGGUGUGUGUC